AGUGGAAAUGAUUGAGCUGUUUUGCAAUGGACUCCCAAGCUGGCGAUCCAAACCCUAGAUUCUUCGUCGCCGUCCACGUCGGCGCCGGAUUUCAUUCCCCAUCGAACGAGAAGGUUCUUCGUUCUGCAAUGAACCGAGCCUGUCUCGCUGCAGCUUCUGUUCUCCGCAAGGGCUCUGGUGGAUGUAUAGAGGCUGUUGGAGCUGCUAUUCGAGUUUUGGAGGAUGAUCCCUGCACAAAUGCUGGGCGUGGCUCAAAUUUGACGGAGGACGGUCAUGUAGAAUGUGAUGCCAGUAUUAUGGAUGGUAACUCUGGAGCUUUUGGUGCCGUUGGAGCAAUACCAGGUGUUAGAAAUGCAAUUCAGGUUGCUAUCUUGAUUGCCAAAGAACAGAUGUUUGGAUCAUCACUGUUGGGUCGAAUAAGUCCUAUGUUUUUGGCUGGUGAAGGCGCCCUCAGGUGGGCGAAGUCCAAGGGUAUUAUUUCGGAUGACAGCAUUGCAGAGGCCAAUGAGUGGUUGGUUAUUGAGAGGACAAAAAACCAGUGGAAAAGAUACAAAGCAAUGCUCGAUGAUGCCAAAUCUAUGAUUAAUGAAGAUCCCGCAGCAGGGCCUCAAUCAUGUGAUAUUCCAGAGGUGAAAGAAGGCGCAAUUCAAUCAUCUCCCCCAAAAAUGGUAGAACGUGACCUUAUAAUGGAUACUGUUGGAGUUAUUUGUUUAGAUUCAGAGGGACACAUAGCAUCUGGAGCCUCAAGUGGUGGUAUUGCCCUCAAGGUAAGUGGUCGUGUGGGAUUAGCAGCAAUGUAUGGUUCCGGUUGUUGGGCAUCAAAAAAAGGGCCUUUUGGAUCCCCUUUUAUUGUUGGUUGCUGUGUCAGUGGUGCUGGAGAGCACCUCAUGAGAGGAUUUGCAGCUCGUGAAUGCUGUGUGGCAUCUGCCCUAUCCGAGGCUGGGCCUGUAUCUGCUUGCAUAAAAGUUCUAAGUUCUGUUCAAGAACAUGAUCGUGGCAGCAACAGCAGCGAGAAGAGUGCUGGAGUUUUACUUGUUCAAGCAGAGACAUCUACUACUGCAGGCACGGAUACUUCACCGAAGCUGAAUGCUGCUGAAAUAGUGGCAGCCUAUACUUCCCCGUCUUUUGGAAUAGGUUAUUUUGGAAACUCUAUGAAGCAGCCUAAGGUGUCUAUACUACGGAGCACAAGGCUACACGAUGAAAACAGAGUCGAUCAAUUUGGGACACGGAUUAACCUUCAGACUGAGCAUUUAUGAGGUCUUUAUGGCCUAAAAGAAGACCAGUGGAGUGGAGGAUUUGCUGCAUUGCCCAAUAAACUACAAACAAAAGGGGGAUUUGUAAUUUGUUAAGUUCUUUUUGUUGUUUUGAUGUGUUUAAUAUAAUCUAAUUGUUUAUGAAGAUUACGGUUUCAAAUGCUGAUAGAUGCCAAUAUUUAAAGGUUGGCUUUGAAUUAAGUGUGUUUGUUUGUGA